AGAAACAAAAACAUAAAGAUCAAAAUUAAAACAGUGUGUGUGUGUUUUUGUGCGUACGUAUCGUUCUAACGGUGCUCUUACAGUGUGCAAAAAGUGCAAUCGAAAGAAGUCAAGCGAACGAAACAGCAGCGUGCAGCCGGCACAAAAAAAAGGUCGAGAAAUAAUUGCGUGUUUCGUACCGAACUGUAAUCCAAGGUACUCCACGAGCACUCGACUCGACUCGACUCGACUCCGGGACAUCUGAAGAGUGCUGAGGCUGCUCCUUGUACUUCUUUCUCCAUAUAUCCUGUCGAAUCGGCAUCCAUCCAGCAUUCAUAUGAAACCGGGAAAUUGGCAGAAAACGUACAAUGCUAAGUGCGGGACACUAGACGGAGCCGAACAGGUAUAUCAUCAGCAGCGCAGCAACAGAAUGGACGUCUACCAGAUCGACGAUGGAUUCCACUCAGAUGGCGGCACCGAGACACCGCCGCCGUCGCCAAGCUCGGGCUCCUCGAUAGCCUCGACCUCGGACCACGGAUCGCUGGAGAGCGUGGACACCGGGGGAACACAGCGCCUGGCUGUCCUCUCGUUCGAGCAGGUGAACAAGCUGCAUGACGUGAUGGACGAGAAGGUGGCCAUACAUGGACGCGGAAACUUCCCCACACUGGAGGUGACGCUCAAGGACCUGGUCAACCUGGUGCGCCGCAAGCUGGAGGCGGAGGUGAACGUCGGCGGUGCCGGGGUCUUAGUUAAGGACAUCCGCCUGAACGGUGGGGCAGCUAGUCAUGUUUUAGCCAGCGAGGAUCAGCCAUACAAUGACCUGGACCUGAUAUUUGACAUCGAGCUGAGUACGCCGCGAGUCUUCGACCGCGUCAAGGUGGCCGUGCUCAACACUCUGCUCGACCUGAUGCCCGAGGGCGUCUGCAAGCGGCGCAUCUACACGUGCUCCCUCAAGGAGGCCUAUGUGGGCAAGAUGGUCAAGGUUAACAACAACAAUGACGGCGACCGCUGGUCCCUCAUCUCGCUGGGAAACUCGCCGGGCCACAAGAACGUGGAGCUGAAGUUCGUCGACUCGAUGCGGCGCCAGUUCGAGUUCUCCGUGGACUCGUUCCAGAUCGUGCUCGACUCGCUGCUCCUUUUCUACGACUGUGCCGCCCUACCCAUCUCCGAGAACUUCUACCCGACGGUGGUGGGCGAGUCCGUGUACGGGGACUUCCAGGAGGCGCUCUACCACUUGCAGAAGAAACUGAUCUCAACGCGCCAGCCAGAGGAGAUCCGCGGCGGCGGCCUGCUCAAGUACUGCAACCUCCUGGUGCGCAACUACAAGGCCGUCGACUCGCAGCUGAUCAAGACACUGGAGCGGUACAUGUGCUCGCGCUUCUUCAUUGAUUUCCCGGACAUCAACACGCAGACCACAAAGCUGGAGGCCUACUUGCGCAACCACUUCUGGGGCGUCGACGAGGAGCCCCUCCAGUAUCAGUACCUGAUGCAUUUACGCGAGGUGGUCGAGAUGUCGACGGUCUGCCUGAUGAGCCACGAGCGGCGACAGACGCUGCACCUCAUCCAGUCGCUGGCCGCCCAGGUCCUCUACAACAAGCAGGGGAAGCAACAACAGCAGGCCCAGGAGCAGUACCAUCAGCACCAACACCGACAGCAACAGUUCCUGGAUUCUGCGCAGCAACAGCAGCAACAGCAGCAACAGCAGCAACAGCAGCAACAGCAGCAGCAGCAGACACAAGCUCAGGCGGCGGCGCAGCAGAGCACAACGCUCACCCUGGUCUCGCAGUCGCCGCAGUCGGCACAGGAACAGACCAUCUACGUGCAGCAGGCGGCCCCGCCCACGGUCUGCUGCACAAGCAGCAGCGAUCAGUCCGCGGCAGCGGGCCCACAGACCAUCCAGAUACAGGCGCCGGGCCUCAUCUAUGCCAACGGCGUCUACUAUGCACCUGUGAUUCCCAGCACCAUUUGCACGUGCAACUCCACCUGGCUGAGCACGUGAUUGGGGCAGCAGCAGCACACCCAACAACACCAGCAUCAGCAUCAUAAGCAGCAACAGCACCAGAAGCAGCAACAGCAACAAAAGCAUCAUUGGCCUGAGAGUGCUUUGGGUUCAUCGACAACAACAACAACAACAAUAAGGCUCUUGGCUGAAACUGAACUAACUCAAAAACCCCCACCACCACCGGCACCACCCACAUCUUCAUCGUCCCCAGCCCCGGCCCCAGGCCCAGCCCCACCUCGCAUUCAAAUCCAAGACCCGAUUAACAGCAAUAAGGGGAACAACGCCACUAUAGAUAAAGAUGGAAGCCCGACCACAACCAUGACAGGUAUUGAGAAAAGCCUCAACGAUCCGGAGGGUACAGCAGCAGGAGCAGACGCAUGGAUCGCCGCCCAGUAUGCUGCUGCUGGGCGAAAACUCCUAUCUCAAUGUAACCGAGAACCAGGACUAAGAGAAGGAUCUACAACAGCAUUUUGUUUAAGCGGUAUUUCCGAUUGCUAACGAAUCACACAUACCUUCGUCUCUGUGCCCCUAUCUGUACGACGACCCACUGUUCCAUUUACACAAUAAUUCGGUGUGUCGAGCUACUGUAGACUUUCCACGACACAUCCACCCUCAAAACUCAACAAAAAGAAAGCUCUAUUUUUCAGACUGAAGUCCAGCCGCUGUUAGAUGUUGAUCAGGGCCAACAAACAAAAAAAAAUUAAAAAACAAAAAACAAAAGAAAAGAACAAACGGGCUGAAAAACUCAAAGAAAAAUUCUUAAAUUAUAAACUAUAAAACAGGGUUCUCUGCUCACACCCACACCCCCCCACACAAACACACAGACUUUUCUAGGAAGUUUCGUUGUAAAGAAACCAAAACUCAUGUAAUAUCGAAAAAAAA